GUUCAUAGUUGGCGGAUUUAUUUGUAUACACUGGGAUUGUUUGUGAAUUACGUAUUAAUUUGUGAUUUUAAAACCAUGGCUUUGUUUACUUUUACUACUGUGUCUGUGUUAAUUCUGUCCGCUUACAUAGAGCAGAGCAUGGUGUGAUUUUUUUUUUAAUGAGGUGGCAAAUUCUACACCGUAGAUUUUAUUUAAACUAAAUCUUGGCCUUGAAAUGGAGAUCCAAAUUUCCAAUUAAAAGAGAAAAAUAAAUGCUAUAAAAACAAAAAAUCUGAACCUUACUCUUAGAACCCUACUCUUAAAACCCUCUCUCUCUCUCUCUCUCUCUCUCUCUCUCGGUUAAUUUUCCCAGCCACCAAACAGAUAAGCUUUUGAUUCUCUCAUUCUAUUAUGGAGCUUUCACAGAUGAUGCUGUACUAAUUUUAAGCUGGUACAAAGGUAUAUCAGUGGCUUGAAAUUUAGAGCAUAUGGCUGUAGUAGAAUCCAUACUUGAUAUCCCAGUGCAAGAUCCAGAAGAGGAGGAGUUCUGUUGGGCUGAUUUGACUUGGACCAAAUUUCGCACUUCUGAACGUGAAGAUGAUGUUGCCCUCAUUCCUUAUGAGCGCGUGGAUGCAUUUAUAAUUGGUGAAUGCUCUAACAUAGAAUGCCCAACACGGUUUCAUAUUGAGAGGGUGCGGAAACGAUCAUUUGGCAGCUUGAAGGAGUACAAGAAUGAUGAUUAUUUGGAAUACAGGCUGUAUUGGUGUUCAUUUGGUCCUGAAAAUUAUGGGGAAGGUGGGGGUAUAUUACCUAGUCGAAGAUAUCGACUUAACACCCGCAAUCGUGCUGCUAGACCUCAAUCCAUGCGAGGCUGCAAAUGUCAUUUUGUGGUGAAACGCCUUUAUGCUCGUCCAUCACUUGCACUUCUUGUAUAUAAUGAUAAUGACAGGCGCCAUGUAAAUGAUUCUGGUUUUGUCUGCCAUGGGCCACUUGAUAGAGAUGCCAUAGGCCCUGGUGCCAAGAAAAUUCCAUAUAUCUGUAAUGAGAUUCAACAGCAGACAAUGUCUAUGAUCUAUCUGGGCAUUCCGGAGGAGAAUGUGUUAGAGAAACACAUAGAAGGGAUUCAACGAUACUGUGGUUCAAAUGCAAAAGUUAAUAGCCUUGCUUCCCAAUAUGUCCACAAACUCGGGAUGAUUAUAAGACGAUCUACCCAUGAGUUGGAUCUGGAUGACCAUGCUAGCAUCCAGAUGUGGGUUGAACGCAAUAGAAAGUCAAUAUUCUUUUACCAGGAUACUUCAGAAGCAGAUUCUUUCAUUUUGGGGAUUCAAACAGAGUGGCAAUUGCAACAAAUGAUCCGUUUUGGCCAUCGCAGUCUAAUCGCAGCCGAUUCAACGUUUGGCAUAAAGCGACUUAAGUACCCUUUGAGCACACUUCUUGUGUUUGAUUCAAGGCAACAUGCGCUGCCCGUUGCAUGGGUUAUCACACGCAGCUUUGCAAAGCUUGACGUGUCCAAAUGGAUGAAAGCUUUAUUUGGUCGAGCCCGUAGUGUGGAGCCUGGAUGGAAGGUCAGUGGGUUUUUGAUUGAUGAUGCAGCGGCUGAAAUUGAUCCCAUAAGGGAUAUAUUUUGCUGCCCUGUUCUUUUUUCCCUCUGGCGUGUUCGUAGAUCAUGGCUAAGGAAUAUUGUUAGGAAAUGCAGUAACAUUGAAGUUCAGCGGGAAAUUUUUAAACGGCUGGGGAAGAUAGUGUACAGCAUUUGGGGUGGAGUUGAUACUCUUGCUGCCUUAGAAGAAUUAGCCCAGGAUUUUGUCGAUCAAACUGCUUUCAUGGAAUACUUCAAGGCCUCUUGGGUGCCUAAGAUUGAAAUGUGGCUUUCAACUAUCAGAACUCUUCCUCUAGCUAGCCAAGAGGCUUCUGGUGCCAUAGAAGCCUAUCAUGUGAAGCUAAAAGCCAAACUGUUUGAUGAUUCGCACCUUGGUGCACUUCAAAGAGUCGACUGGCUGGUGCACAAGCUAACUACUGAGCUGCAUUCAAGCUAUUGGCUUGACCGCUAUGCAGAUGAAAGUGAUUCUUUUCAAAAUGUGAAGGAGGAAUAUAUUGCUUCUACAUCAUGGCACCGGGCAUUGCAGAUUCCUGAUUCUGCCGUCACCUUGGAUGAUCAUGGGCAACUCUUUGCCAAGGUUUUAAGCCAGAAAGACAGCAGUCUAACACGUCUUGUGUGGAAUCCUGGAUCAGAAUUUGCAUUCUGUGAUUGUGCAUGGUCAAUUCAAGGAAACCUUUGCAAGCAUGUAAUUAAGGUCAAUACUUUAUGUGCAAAUCAUCAAAGUUAUCAACCUUCUAUGUCUUUUCAGUCAUUUAAAGAGAUAUUGAUGAAUUUAUGGAGAAAACCAAUGGAUGAUUCAGUUUCACUAGAUCUGUCGGUUGCCUGGACUCACCAGAUGCUUGAUCAACUUCAGAAACUAGUUGAAAUUACUGGUUCUAGUGACAUUGGCACUGUGGUAAACAAUCUGCCAUUGAAAUGGGUUUCAAAGAAAGGCAGAACAAAUGUUGGCAAGCGGUCGCCCACUCUGGCUCUUCCAUCUAGUUCCAAGGGUAUGCAGACUGCAGCUGUACGUAAGAAGAACCGGAAGCGGAAAAGAUUAUCACGACUAAGGUAAUAGCAUGAGUUGAUAGAUGCUGAUUUUCUUCUGGGAUAGUUCAGACUGAAGCAAACUAGAUUUAACUUCACAAAUUUCUAUAGAUACAGAUUUCCUUCUGGGAUAGUUCAGAUCAAAGCAAACUAGAUUUAACUUUACAAAUUUCUUCAUUUUAAAUUGUUUCACGUAUUGAUUAUUCCUACUCCAUUGCCGGUGGUGUUAAGCUCUUGAAUGCAUCCACCAAGGGUCAUAUACACUUGGCCAUCUUCAAAGAAAAUGGACUGGUUGGUAUCAUGAGAGAUGACAUUGGAGGAAAUCAGAGGUUUAAUUUAAUUUUACAUGAGUUGCACAUUCAUGGUUGAGCAAAUUUAUGGACCCCGUUCUAAAGAAGGCAUCUGUACAAAAAUUGCUUUGGACAUGAGAGGAAUUUUUGAGCUUUUGACCAUCUCUUAUCUUCAGUUACAUUCCUAAGCUUUAUUUUUUGUAUUUACAAUUUUUGUUGUUUUCCUUGGUGCCUUUAUGCAAAUAUGUUGGGAGGAAGUAUGUUGAAAAUCCAUAAUAACAUAGACGACUUUAUGAUCUUAUUUUAUGUAGAUUUACAUCACAGAACUGACAGAAGUAUGUAUAUUGAUUAAUUCAUUAAUACGAUAGUUUGAUUACAUAGAUUGUUUUGCAUGCAGUUUGUAUUUAGGGUUUAGUUUGCAGAGGUAAACAUGUUGGCCUUUAGUUGGAAGAUGAAGAAAUUCUACCUAAGCUUGACUUUGAAGCAUAUUCUUCUUGACUAAUUUAAAUUAACGGAGUCUGUAACGCCCACAUCUAUUUUGUCUUUUUGAUUAUCUAAUAAAAAAAGGUUCUAAUUAACUUUAGAAAAAGAAAAAUUUGCACUAAAAUGUCAUUGAAAUUGAGCCUUUAAUUUUGUUGUCUAAUAAGAGAUUUAGGGUCUCGGUUUGAUGAUAACGAAUAAUUAUCAGAGUGGAUCAGUACAUAAGUUGAAGUUUUAUCGUAUUUAAAAAAAUAAUAAAAAAGAAACUAAGUCUCUAAUUAGUAAUUAUGCCUUUCAAAAUCUCAAACUUGGAUCAUUUAAUAUAUUUAGAUUAAGAGAUUUUCUUUUGAAUCCAAAUCGAUAGCUUAUGAUUUAAUUAUAAAUCUUAUUAGCAGUAGAAUGGAAGGAUACAUUGCUAAGACCAUUACAUACUGUUCUGACAUAAUGCAAGACAUCUUCUAUUUCCAACACACUUCUUUCUGUAGCCUUUAAAGUGACAUCAAUCUUAAAUGUGUGCUCUUCACCACCACGUCUUGGAAGCCCCUUUCUCUUCUUGUGAUUAAACCCGCUCCUAAAACUUGGGCCAUUAACCAUAGGCUGUAAAGAGAUUAGACAAUAAGAUCAUGUAACAAACCCAUUAAAAAUCCAGUAGAUUAAUUAUCAUUAUUAUUAUUAUUUUAUAUAGAACCAGUAGAUUAAGUUUGAGAUAUAACAUUAAAGACUAAAUGUAUUAUUUCCAUCUUAAAACACAUAAACGUUGCUAAAGGUCUUGGCCUAGUGGCUACCCACCCACUAAAACACAUAGGGUGAGCUUUACUUCUCCUAGCUUUUUUUUUUUUUUUUUUUUUUUUUUUUUAAGUGUAUUUUGUCUAUUUAUUCUAUCCAUUCCUUGAUGUAAAUUGGGUCUGUCACUCUUAACUCUAUUCCCAAGUGGGGCCAAAAUGAUAGCUCACCAUAGAAAUUCAAGACCCCAAAACAGCACGAAGAGCAGAGUUUGCCAAUAGGAGUAAGGCAAUCUCACCUUAUCCACACUCCCACCACAACCUGUUAUUACAUUCAUUAUCACUCCAUAUCAAAUUAUCCAUAACCCCCCUCCCCCUCCCCCUCCCCC